UUUGUGAUUACAUGAGUGGAGCAACAUUCUCUGAAUAUAACACUACUGUCACUUGUAACACUACUGACGAUUAUGACAACACUGGGUACUGUACAUUCAACAUUUUCAUCAUAGAUAUGACGGUCCCUAAUGUGACUUGCCCAGUUAACAUUGAGGUGUGCACUGACCUAGGAACAGAUUCAGUGAAUGCCACCUGGGAACCAGCCAAUGCAACUGACAACUGCUGUAGUUAUGUCAACAUAACUGCUAACUACACCAGUGGAGACCCUCUGAGCCUUGGUGUAUACACCGUAGGAUAUGCAGCAAAAGAUUGUAAUGAGAAUGUUGGUUACUGUCAAUUUACUGUUGAAGUUAAAG